GCUAGAAAAAUAAGAGAAAAGGAGAGCAUCACCUAGGGCGCCGCAUUGGACACGCCGCAUUUAACAGCGAUGCGUCCCGCGUGCGGAUUUCCCGGUAACGCGAUCGAUGUCGCGGCGCGUGUGCGCGUUAACGACGCACGUGGCAUGUAGCCUGACGCGUCAUCGUCGUCGGCAGGGGUGUGGCAAGAGAGAGGAGGCUCCUUCCGACGUGCGAUGACGUGCUAGACCCUCUCGGACGGAUCAUUAUCCCGACUUGGGAGAGCGCGAUCGUACCGCGUGCGGUAUCCGUUCCGUUCCGUAUCGUUCAGAAAAUUGCGGAAGUAACGUGCGAGUGCGUGUGUAAAAGGAACGACUCCUCUUUCGCACGGGAAAAGGUGAGAGAUCGAUUGCCAGGCGGAUGUGCUACAGACCUGGCUUCUCGCCUUGAAAGAGGGCUCGUUCGAUCGAUCGCCAGAGACGAGACGUGCCGAUUCGUUUGUCCAGGAUUUUAGUUUCGCUCGCGCGAUUUUUUCGAGACUAGUGUUUUACGUUUGGAUAUUUUUUGAAAGUGAAGGGGAAGAAAACAGGAAAGAUAAGAUAAAAAGGGAAAGAAUUCUCUAAGUGCACUGACAGAUACCAGACUGACGCGAACGAGCUUCCUGCCCGUUGUAUCGAAUGCUCCGAUCCGGCCGUAGCUCCGAUUCGCGUGCACGUGUAAGACGCUCUCGUAUUCGCAGAGAUUAAAUAUGAAUCAGGACGGACGUACAACCCGUCUCGAUGACAUGUGAGAUAUACAUAAGUGUGACGGAUUUUACGACGAGUGAUCAUGGAAGUCGCGGCCACGAAGUUGGUACAGUGGUUCAACGAGCUCAGAUCCCGAGUGCAUCUUUAUCUGCAUGCCCAGACCCUUGGUCCGGUAAGAACGGAAAAUGGUGGCUCGCAGGAUGACGACCAGCCACCUACGCAAUACAUUGACGGUGAAGAAAGAGUUAUUUUUGUCAACGCACCUCAUCAGCCUGCAAAAUACAAAAAUAAUCACAUUACGACUGCGAAGUAUUCAUUUCUCUCGUUCAUACCUUUAUUCCUGUUUGAGCAAUUCCGUCGUUACAGCAACUGUUUCUUCCUGUUCAUCGCACUUAUGCAGCAAAUACCAGAUGUGUCUCCGACAGGACGCUGGACAACGUUAGUUCCACUGAUCUUCAUCCUCAGCGUAUCCGCUUUAAAGGAGAUAGUUGAAGAUGUUAAGAGGCACAGAGCGGACGAUGAAAUAAAUAUGAGAGAGGUGGAGGUGCUGAGAGAUGGGCGCUGGCAGUGGAUACAAUGGCGCGCCGUGGCCGUCGGCGAUGUGGUUAAGGUUCAUAACAACACUUUCUUCCCCGCUGACCUGGUUUUGCUGUCGUCAUCGGAGCCACAGAGUAUGUCCUUUAUAGAGACCGCCAAUUUGGACGGCGAGACGAAUCUGAAGAUACGACAAGCCCAUCCUGACACUGCCAAUCUUUUGGAUACCGCGGAAUUGAUGAAUUUUCGCGCCAACGUUCAAUGCGAGCCGCCCAACAGGCAUUUGUACGAGUUCCACGGAGUUUUACGAGAGACUAAUAAGCAGAGCGUAGCUUUAGGGCCUGAUCAAUUAUUACUCCGUGGCGCGAUGUUGCGGAACACACGAUGGGUAUUCGGCAUAGUCAUAUACACGGGGCACGAUACAAAACUUAUGCAGAAUAAUACCACGACAGCGCCAUUGAAACGCUCCACCCUCGAUCGGUUGAUCAACACGCAGAUACUGAUGCUAUUUUUCAUACUUCUUCUGUUGUGCAUUCUUUCUGCGAUAUUCAACGUCAUAUGGACGAACGCCAACAAAGACGGCCUCUGGUAUUUAGGCUUACAAGAGGAAAUGACUAAGAACUUUGCGUUUAAUCUUUUAACAUUUAUUAUUCUCUUCAAUAAUUUAAUACCAAUAUCGCUACAAGUAACGCUCGAAGUGGUGAGAUUCGUUCAAGCCACAUUUAUUAACAUGGACAUAGAAAUGUAUCAUGCGGAGACGAAUACUCCAGCAAUGGCUCGUACGAGUAAUUUAAACGAAGAACUUGGAAUGGUGACUUACGUAUUCACGGAUAAAACUGGUACUCUUACGAAAAACGUUAUGGAAUUCAAACGAUGUUCGGUCGGUGGAAAACUGUACGAUUUGCCAAUUCCUUCAAACGAUCAUGAAAGCACAAGCGAUAACACACACAGUUGUGAGUUAAUUAAAGAUAUUGUCGAAGGAAGAUCCAUGCAGGACUCUUCGAAUUCUAUAGACAAAAAGAAAGCAGAGCAUGCGGCUGUACUUCACGAAUUCAUGAUCAUGCUAUCAGUUUGUCAUACAGUUAUUCCCGAAAAAAUAGAUAAUUCUAUCAUUUAUCAUGCUGCAUCUCCAGAUGAAAGGGCGUUAGUAGACGGAGCACGUAAAUUUAAUUACGUGUUCGAUACACGAACGCCCAGUUACGUGGAAAUCAUAGCUCUAGGCGAAGUAUUACGAUACGAAAUACUAAAUGUAAUAGAAUUCACUUCAGCUAGAAAGCGAAUGUCGAUAGUUAUGAGAACUCCCGAGGGGAAAAUUAAAAUUCUUUGUAAAGGUGCUGAUUCUGUAAUCUAUGAGAGAUUAACACCAAUUCCUUUAGAAACUAGCGAUCUUGACCAAGAACAUGUAGAUGAUUUUCGUGAGGUGACUUUAGAGCAUUUGGAAAUGUUCGCUAGCGAAGGAUUGCGAACGCUCUGUUUUGCUGCUGCGGAAAUACCUGAAAACGUUUAUCAGCGGUGGUGCGAAUUAUAUCAUAAAGCAUCGAUUAGUAUGAUAAAUCGUGAAAAUAUGCUGGAACAAGCUGCGGAUCUUAUUGAAACUAAACUCACAUUAUUAGGGGCAACUGCGAUCGAAGAUCAAUUGCAAGAUCAAGUACCGGAAACGAUACAAGCUCUUUUACAAGCUGAUAUCAAAGUCUGGGUGUUGACAGGAGAUAAACAGGAGACCGCCAUAAAUAUCGGUUAUUCGUGCAAGCUAAUAACACAUGGAAUGCCUCUUUAUAUAAUCAAUGAAUCUUCUUUAGACAAAACGAGAGAAGUUAUCAUCCAACGCUGCCUUGAUUUUGGGAUAGACUUAAAAUGCCAAAACGAUGUGGCUCUAAUUAUAGAUGGCAGUACGUUAGAUUACGCUUUGUCUUGUGAUAUUAGAAUGGACUUCCUGGAAUUGUGUUCAGCUUGCAAAGUAGUUAUUUGUUGCAGAGUGUCGCCGAUACAAAAAGCUGAGGUAGUUGAUUUAAUUACGAGUAACAAGAAAGCCGUGACUCUUGCAAUCGGGGAUGGUGCGAACGAUGUGGCUAUGAUACAGAAAGCUCAUAUUGGCAUCGGUAUCUCGGGUGUCGAAGGCCUUCAAGCAGCUUGUGCCUCUGAUUAUUCCAUCGCACAGUUUCGUUUUUUGAAACGUCUAUUAUUCGUUCACGGUUCUUGGAAUUAUAGUAGAAUGUGUAAAUUAAUCUUAUACUCAUUUUACAAGAACAUUUGUCUAUAUGUUAUUGAAUUAUGGUUUGCCAUUUAUUCCGGUUGGUCCGGACAAAUUCUUUUCGAAAGAUGGUCCAUUGGACUUUAUAACGUUGUUUUCACCGCUGCGCCUCCAUUAGCUAUGGGUCUCUUUGACAAAGUAUGUUCCGCAGAAACUCGCUUAGCACAUCCAGCAUUAUACGCGACGAAGAAUAACGGCGACUCGUUUCUCAGUAUUAGAAUAUUUUGGAUAUGGAUUAUGAAUGCACUAUUUCACUCGGCGUUACUUUAUUGGUUGCCGCUUAUGGCUCUCAAACAGGAUGUAGCUUGGGGAAACGGUAGAGACGGCGGUUAUCUUUUAUUAGGAAACUUUGUUUAUACUUAUGUUGUAGUAACAGUAUGCGCGAAGGCAGGUCUAAUAAUAAACUCAUGGACAUGGGUCACUCAUUUAGCAACCUGGGGAUCUAUUAUACUCUGGUUCUUAUUUAUUUUUAUAUAUAGUAAUUUUUGGCCCGUCUUAAAUGUCGGCGCUGUGAUGUUAGGCAAUGACAAGAUGUUAUUUUCGUCGCCUGUUUUUUGGCUGGGACUUAUAUUAAUACCAACGGCAGUAUUGCUGUUAGAUGUUACAGUAAAUGCAGUAAUGAAUACAGUAUGGAAAUCGGUGACAGAAGCAGCCCGAGAAAAUGAAAUUAGGAAAUCCGAUCCUGGUGAGGUAUUCAGCAACCAGGAUUACAGAAGCUCAUUGACGGAAACGGCGAGGCUGCUGAAAAACGUUAAAAAUGUUUUCACCAGGCGCUCGAAUGCCGCCUCCAGAGUCAAUGUCGAGGUGGAGCUAUCACAAAUUAACGAAUUGCGACCUUUGUUAUUGCGCAUGCUGCGCGAUGCAGAUGGUUUCGCGUUCUCUCAAGAGGAGGGUGGUUCGGUAACCCAGACGGACGUGAUCAGAGCCUACGACACAAAUCUUCCGAAGCCCGGCGGCAUGUGAUUUAAACGGAGUGGCCGUCAUGCGGCAAGAAGAUGCUGGCUGCUCUUUCAAGCGGCCUGAGAGAGAUCGUUUCUGCUCGUUUUACGAGCGAUGCUCCAGAGGAUUGAUCGAUAUUCGAUAUGGAUCAAUGAUAGGCUUAAGAAAAUGCCAUGAAAACUCAAAAGAAAGAAUUAAUCCUUAAUCAAUCGCGUUUUGUUAAGUUAAAUUUUGAUAAUUUUAUUUUUAUUUUGAUGUGAUCUUUUAAUUUCGAGCAAUAAACAAUCUAACUUAGAUUUUUAUUGAUGGAAAAAAAAGGAAAUUUAUAUAUUUCUAAAUUUACACGUUAGACGUAAAAAAUGCGAUUAAUUAAGGAUUGAUGUGCGAUUAAUUAAGGGUUGAUAAUGUUAAUGUUCAAACGAAAGAAUUACUCUCUGAAUUACUGCGAUCAAUUUGUAGAAGAGAACUUCGACAUAUAUAUUAGCAUGAAUAAUUAUUUUGAUACUCCGUGAAAUUUUAUUCUAAUAUCGUAGAGACCUCUUGUUCUUAAAAAGUAUUGAAUAGCAACGUACUCGUGCGGAUUUCGACGAUGCGGCUACGUUUCGUCGCGAUGCAUUUGGGAAUGCAUUUCAUAUUAGUGUCAAAGUCGUGCAAAAUCCUAUUAUGCACCGGUAAAACGGCUUUUACGUCUAUUCUCGUACAAUGUGAGAGCAAGACACAUUUCUGUCGAGAAGUAAAAAUCGUACGAAAUUGCGCAAGUUGUAAUCAGCGAUCUUUGAAUGUUGAUAUACAUAUAUGUAUAUAUUUGUUCUAUAUAUAUAUGUGUAAAGAGAUUUUUUUCGAGAUAAUUAUCCAGAAGCUCUCUCUGGAAUUGCAAGUUAUUACCUCUAUUAUAUAUAUUAUAUAUGUGCAUAUGUAUGUGUGUGUGUGUGUAUAUGUAUAUAUACAUACAUAUAUGCAUAUAUGUAUACAUUUAAAAAAGAAGAAUUUAUACAUUUCCAAAGUUGAAGAAAAAGCUUUUGCGAUCGCGAUAUGCUCGAUGAAGGAUUAUGUUCGAUUUUGUGCCAGAAAAAGACUGUUGCCCUUGUUCUACAUGAAUGUACAUAUUUCGUUACUUUUUCUCUUUUUUUUUUAAUCAAUAACAUAUAUACGUAUAUCUCAUUACUAUACAUACUCACGAAAAACUGCAUUGUUAUCUAGUCAAGAUCGAAUAUCUAUCUUUCAGUCCAAUAUCUAUCUUUCAGUUUAAAGAAUCACUCUUCCGCCCAUCAUGGUACACUCUAUUUUAAGUUUAUGACUGAGGAAUUUAAUAGAGAUAUAUAUAUACAUAUAACAUGUGUAAAGUAACAAUUGUAUACACUAUGUUCGGAAUAAAACGAUGAUAAAAAGAU